AUGUUACGACGACCUCCAACAGUUAUCCAACUUACAACUGAAGAUGUUUUAGAGUAUGAUGAUAGUAGAUCACGUGCACGAGCAGAAGCGGCAUCAGCAGCGGCGGCAGCAGCAGCAGCAGAAGCAGCAGAAGCAGUGGCGGCGUCAUCAACUUCUGCUUCUGUGGCAGAAACUGUGGCUGCAUCAUCAUUGCUAUCAUCUUCCACAGGGAAUGGAACUGGAGUUGACCAGAAUGAUGGAAUUUCAGAAGAUGCUCGAAGACAACAAGAGAGAAAACAUAGAAUAGGAUUGAAAUGA